AAAAAAUCCGCGUUGCAGAAGUUGUUUCCAUUGAAUUCGCUCGCACACAACUGCAAAAUAUAUAAAAAAAAAUAUAAAAAUAAAAAUAAAAUAUAAAGACUCAUUUGAGUUUUCGUAUGGUGCGAAAAAGAAACGUUAACUCUACAAGAAAUCAAAACAACGAAUUUAUUUAUUGAUUAGUGAUAAAUUGAAAUGUGAUAAGCCAUUAACUACGCCGUGGAGCAACCAUUUCACAAGUCCAUACUAAGAAAUUAAAGCCGGCGAAACAAACGAAGUAAAGCGCUUCGCUUUCGUUCGUAAGUGAUCGAAUCGCUAGUUAAAAGAAACGCGCGUUAUUAUAACCGCAGGUGCAGAAUCUGCUGCCUGCCUGCUUCUCCCACAAGAAGCUACCAGCUGUUGUUGAUCUCAAACAGAGGAGCUAAGCGCAACACAAAAAAAAGGAAAAAUGCCGGUGGGACAUCAAUUUGCUUCCAGACCGUACAGCUCGUUUCGGGCGACACGAGGCAGCUGCAAUACGCACUAUUGCCAAGGGAGCAAUAACAGCAGCAGUAACAGCAACAGUAGCUGUAAUCAGAAUAGUAAUAGCAAUGUUGGUGCGCUUAAUGGCCACAAUGGUUCUACGUCAUCAUAUUCAAGUCAAACUAAUAAUUUUAAUAAUAACAACCAUAACAACAACAACAAGACUAACGACAAUCACCUGCAUUUAAACUGCAACAAUAACAAUAAUCAAGGCAAUAAUUUUGGGCGUCAACAAGCCUACCGCAGCAGUUUCUAUGGCACGCGCUAUCAGAGUAGCAGCAACACAAACGCGAAUAAUACGCCUCAUCAAGUUAAUGGUGACGCCAAUGGCAACACCAACACCAACAACAAUGCCUCAGACAAACGUUUCACCAGCAUUGUUGCCACAACCACCAUUAAACCGCUCACACCCAAGUUGGUGCGUCGCAUAGAGACUACCUGCUCUAGCGGCAACUGUGGUGGCGGUGUGGUCAGUAACGGUGUAACGCACACCAAGCAGCGUGCGCCACUACCACCCGUUUCCAACAGCAAUAGCACCGUCAACACCCCGCCCGCUGCUAACAAACAGUACUUGCGUACGCGUAAUCAACCGCCACCGCCACCUCCCGUGCGCAAUGCGUCCAACUUUGAAAGGUUCCACAAUAGCAAUCUGAGUUUUCGUCAGAAAAACUCUGUCAAUUGCGCUGGUGCAGGCGCAACAGCGGUCAAAGCACCGGACUGCCAUGAGUCGCCCAAGUAUACAGGCGCUACAUUUUACAAUAGCAGUACGCGCGCAUCGGGCGGUGUAGGAUCUCAGAAGCGCACUUAUUGUACGGCGCAAAAGGUGCACAAGGAAAAUGUGCCCGUACGUUCGGUGAAGAAUUAUCCAGCGCCACUGCCGCCGAACACACCGAAGCCGGUGACUAAGAAAAAGUAUAGAGAAAAUCUGAAACUCGCAUCGGUUUCGGCUUCGCCAAAUUUAAAUAAUCGUCGUUUCGGUGGUGCGUCAGUCGGUGGCGAACCGAAUAAAGGUCUGUCCGCAAGCCAGCGUCGCAAGAAUUACGUGCCCUUCAAUGGUCAGGCGAAUUGUGCGACAGCGGCGGCGUCGAAAAAUGGCAGCACCGGCAGCAAUGAAUCGACUGGUUCGAGCGGUUCAAAUGGUUCACCGAAAACGAAAAAGAUUUUCUCUACAAAAUUCCCACAAGGUUUACCCUUCGAGGAUGAAUUCUAUCGUCAACGCUUUUGUCGUUCCUACUCGCAAUCCUCAUCGAGCAACUAUAGUUUCUACAGUUCGGUUGGUGCGCCAGCAACGCCGCGUUCCAAUGAUUUUGAUGAUAUCGAACACGGCAACGAGGCACACGAACGUAGCGCCAUCGAUGAGGAUGACGAAUUUCAGCGUAAACCAGCAAGUGAUGAACCACUCUAUGUGGAUUUCUCGAAAGUGAUGCAGCGUCAAAAUGACUGCAACAACGAUUACGCCAACCGCGAUUAUUCGGCUGGUGGCAAUACACAUUACUGUAGUUCCUCUUCGUCAGGAGCAACGACAACAACGAUUGUGCCGACAACGACAUGGAUCGGCACAACAAGAACUACACAUUCCCCGCUGCCCUCAGUGCUGGCAGCUAAACUCGCAGGCGAAUCUAGUCGACUGGAUGCAUAUGUGGCAGCUGCAGCCUCGGCAGCGACUGUUUCAUCAUCGGCCGGCCAACAUGGUUCGCCCCAUUUACGACGUACAACGAAAUCGAAAAUUUCGCAUUCGAUCAACGAUUAUCUCUAUACCAGUUGUGGUGCUGCAACAACAACGACGGCGAUGGCGACGUCAGCAACAAAGAAAACAAAUGGCAACGUUUUUCUUACAGACGAUCCCGAAGAUGGUUACUAUACACACACCUCAGUUGAACCUCCUCCGCAAACGGAUAUCUACCUGGCUGUGGCGUCGUGGGCUCCAAAGUGUUCACAUCCCACCAAGGUGCAUAUACCCGCAUCCUCGAGCAUUGCAGAUAGGAAUAAUAAUGCAACGGCGGCGUAUGCAAUGAUGAACUCAUACGAUCAUCGGCAAUAUUAUAGUAAGACGGCGACGUUGACGGCCGGAGACAUUUUGGAGCCCACGACAAACGAAUGCAAGUAAGUUUUUAAAUUGAAAAAUAUUAUCCAAUCGACUACCGAUGCACAAUCCAGCUGUAAGUGAUUAAAUUUAUUAAUUUUGAGGCCUUUAGAAAUCCCUAUUUUUGCUAGUUCCAUGUUUUUCUAAACACCUCUGUUCAAAACAAUAGGAACGUGACGAAUUACCGAAGUUCGAAGAAUUUUUUUUUUUUUGUAUUUAAUUUGCUUUCUUACGUUUUUUAUAAAGAUGUAGUGCAUUCUACAACAAAAACCGUUUAACUCAAAACGUCAAACUUUUCGACAAAAUGAAAACAAAAAAAUUAAAAGAAAAAACGUAUCUAAGUAAAUAUCAAAAUGUUCAACUUUUUAUUCAGAAUUUUUAGAAAACUGGAAA